GUGCUCCAACACCGACAGCCGCAGCGAUGGCCACCAGCACACACCACUCGCAGAUGCCGCUCCCGCAAGCCCUAGCACUGUCGAUCCGCUGCUGCAUGCGAGCCUCUCGCGCAUCUGCCCGAGCCCUCCAGCAGCUGGCGGCACAGGGCGAAAAAACAACAAAAAUCUCUCUCUGAUGGCCCCGUAUACCUUAGUCUUACUCACCCACCACUUUCUGUCCUCUCUCUGCCUUUUUUCUCCUCCCCACCGGUUUCCCCCAAUUUGUCUGAAAUGCGUCCAUUUAAACACUCUGGCAAACAGCGAUUUCGCCCACAGGUGUCCGGCACGUUCAAUGGAGAGCAGGCUGGCUCGCUGCAGGAGGCGACACCAGGCAAACGCACUACACUCAAGCCGAUUACAAAGCCCACCAUUGUCCCCGACCCCACCGUAGUUACUGUUGCUACGGCCAUGGUUGGCCCAGAGUCCACGUCUUUCUCCCAGUCGCCGCCAACACAGGCCGCGCCCAGCGCAUCGAGCCCUGAAAUAUACAGCCCAGCAACCCGGGCUGACCGGUGUUCAGUACACCCAGGCAUGCGCAAUGACUACUGGUGCGAGUCCAUUGAUCUGGCAGCUGCCUACGACGAUACAUUCGAGGCGAUCGAGCUCAUGCAAGUGAAGCUUGUAAAUCAUCUGAAGGAUACGCGGCAUCGAAACGCCCUGCUGGACUCGGCAGCCCAGGUGGCCAUGGACGAGCAGCUGCUGCGCGAUACCGAGCGAUCGUCACUGGAGGAGCGGAUUGCCGAGUACGAAACGCUGAAGAUGGUGCAGAUGAUGGUCGAGGAGCUGUCUCCGGCGCAAACUCUGCUGUCGAUAUCCGAGCAGGCACGGCCGAUUGACUGGGAAGAGCCGCUGCCCAAAGUAGCCCGGAUCGAAGAGGAGGUGAUGCCCGCCUGGCACUACGCCAGCGUUGAAGUGCCAGAUCGCGGGCAUGUGCGUGUAGUCAGCGAUGCAAUCUCAGCGCACGGUGUUGUCUGGCAGUUGGAGAUUCGCCGCAGCCGCAGCCGCCUCGUGGUUAACCGCAUUGAUGGCUGCGAGAAUAUCGACGGCACGUUCACUGUCAGUGUUGGCUUAGCCAAAUCGGAAUCGUCGGCACUGUCGCGGUUCAGAAAUGAGUCUUGCAAUGUGUGGGGCCAGAGCUCAUCAUCACAAACUUUCAACAUGUGCCCGCUCGAGGACCUGAAGGACUCGGAUACACUUACGCAGUCGGGCAGCGUUUCUAUCCGCUUUGGCGUGGCCCCCGAGUCAUUCCGGUCCCUGGCAGCGGUCCAGGCAGACCGUAUCCCAGAGAAUGGGAAAGGGGACAUGGAGCAGGCGGCGCUCGAGCUACAGCAGCGACAGAUCCGUCGUCGCCGUAGUGAUAUCCGGUCGCGGUCCGAGGUGAAGCCCGAUCAGAUGCCGAUUCCCGGCUUUACUUUUGGUGCUCGCCCUAGUGACAUGCCGUCUGCUGUGCAAUUGCCACCGGCACUGCUGUCCCCAAUUUCGCAUGCUGCUGCUGGAUCGUCGUCGAAUGCCCACACAGAAAAAUCCUCGCACCAGAGGUCGUUCUCGUUGACUGCCAAGCUUCGCCGUCAGCCGCCGGCUCCGUUCCCAUCGUCUGGCCACACCCGCUCUCUGACAUCCACGCCUAGCACCCAGUCGUCGGAGUCUUCCGUCUCAGCUGGCGUUUUGCGCCGUCUCAGCGGCUGGGUCAAGACGACCGAGGGCAGCGGCCACAAAGGGUCUCCUGGAGCAGUAGAUCAGCAGAACAGCAUCGACGAGUGGACAUUCUUGGACAAGUCGUACCCUGAGACCCUGCAUUGCGAAGCAGCCGAGCAUGUGGCCGGCAACGGAUCGCCCGCUGGCACAAAGCCGCCGCCGCCACCACCACAGAUUCCGUUGCCACCGCCGCCAUUUGCCGCUGACUUUGGUGCCGGGUUCGCAUUUGAUGGGGCAGCAGAUAUUGAACGCGAGCAGAUGGAGAAGCGUGCUAUGAUGGGCCUCGGCGGCGAGCAAGAGCCGCUGUCUCCGGCUGCCCUGGCUUCGCCUCUAAAAGGGUCCUGUGCCGCUGGGUCGCCGUCCCCGUCGAAAAAGUCCCCGCGCCAGCAGCUUGACAUUGACUCGGAGGAGUCGAUCAUCCAGCGUUUUGAUGCGUUGCAGCUGAUUGCGAAUACAGUGCAGAACUCGCGUCUGGGGCUCUCUGAAAUCAACAUCGAAGCCCGCUCUGGCGGCAACACCACCAAUGACCCGAGCCCACGCCGCACUGAGCACCCAUUGAACCGCGCUACGAGUCCUGAUUCAUACACGUCCCCUGAACUAGAGGAGGGCUCAUCAUCAGAAUUUGGUGCUGACGGCCAGGGUUUGCCGGGCGCCAAUCGGUACUACGCGCUGACGAAGAAGCAGAACCCAGCGCAAGCUCUCAGCCGUCGCUCAAUCAGCAUGGACCCUCGUGAGAUCAACCACGCACUGGCCGGUGCUCUUGGUGGGAUGCAAGCAGCAGCUGGUGAUAACCCGCCGUCGCCAACGCUUUCGAUCAAGAGGUUGCCGAAAACGGACUCGGAUUCCAUGGACCUGGUCAAGGACCUGCUGUCAAGGUCGUUUUCCCCACCCGCGGGCGAGCCGACGCUGUCUCCAUCUUCUGGGACUGUCGGCAUGAAGCCAGCUUCGGUGUCCUUGCCCGAGACCACUGCCAUGGACCCAUUGCUAUCGCCAGAAAUCAAGGGAGCCAGCCACAAUUCGGUUUCGCUCACAACUUCUCCGAGACAACAACGUGCCCGCCGCUGCUCAAUCACCUCAGUGACAUCAUCAACGUCAUCCAUCAGCAAGUCGCCUGCUCGCAUGGUCCGUCCGCCUAACAACGGCCGGAGCCGUGAGAGUUCCAGCUCUGAAUCGGUCUUCCAGCCAGCAGCCAGCAACCGCAAUGGGUCUCUGGGCCCGCGCAGUGGAACGCCGCUCAAGAAUGCUGCCAUUGAUCUGCAGCACCUGACGCCCCAGGCAAACAAGACCGGCGGCAUCCUGAAGGCUGGCCGCUCGAGGCGGUCGAAGCCGACGCGGCUGCACAACAUUGCAUCGGUGGCAUCUUCGUUUGCUGUCAGCGGUGGCGACAUGUUCUUCGCGAACUCUGAGACACCCGACACGCGUGAGGAUUCGCUGGACUCCAGUCUGGCUAGGAGCAUUGGCAGCCCGCUGCUCAAGGCUGGCCGCAGCUCGACCCUGCCUGUCAUUGUCGAUGAGGCAAAGCUUGCCAGCACUGCCGUCACGCCGCCGUCAUCAAAGAACGGCAGCAUGCCCCGGCACCCAAAGUCGUCGCAGUCCACGCGCAAGAGGGUGCGCUUCCCAGAUGAGCUCCGCUUGCUCGAAAACAUCCGCCUCAUCAACCCGCAGGUUGCGCAGUUGCAUGAUGAGCGAGCUGCUGCUGCAGCGAGUGCGCGUGGCAUCGAACACGAGGAUGUCAACAGCCUUUCGCCGCUGGGCAUAUCGGCGCCCCGUGAGAAGCGCAUGGGGUCGCCGCCGCCGCCGGCUUUCGAUUUGUCCAUGGCCCUGGAUGCGGACGACGAGGAUGAUGGUCUGGUUUCGCGAAUCAAGCACAGCCUGCGUAAGUCGGUACGGCAGUCAGCCGAUUCGCUCGAGAACCGGGAGCACAGCCCGUCGCCGCCUCGAUCUGGGAGCCCCGAAAAGUUUGUCACUGCGUCGUCUCUCCUAGUUGAGGAAGUGGCCGAAGCCCCCGUCGACUCUCCAACCAACCCUGCCACACACUCGUUUCAGCGCCAGCCAAUCCCCUCGCAGCUGAGAGCACCUGUGUGCUUCGGUGGCACCACCGGUGACGAGUAUUCGAGGUGCCUUGGUAAAGUGUCCAUUGACAACUCGCCGUCGAGCCUGGCCAGCGCAUUCGAACCUUGUUUGUCGCCAUCGCCACCAGCCACAGACUCGCAGGCAGCGACACCUCAGUCCCAGUCUGUUAGCGGCCACAGCAGCCGCGGCACCUCCAUGUCUUCGACCUUGUCGGCUUCAUUAGCUGGCCUGGGCAUGGACCAAGGUCGUGCCUCAAUAACUACCACCGAGACCGACGGCUCAUCCGUGGAUCUGCCACUCAAAAAGAAUAACCAAGGCAUGCAUUCAUCGCCGAUGGGCAGCAUGCCGCUGCAGCAAGGCACACCAGGGACCUUCAGCUCUGCAUACCGGUAUACCACCGAUAUGAUGGUAUUUGGCGUUGAGCAGAUUCCUGCCAUUGCCCGCGGCAAAAACACUGCCAUGUCUAUUUUCCAGCAGGGCUCGGAUACCGCUCACCAAUAACUUAUGCAUAUAGG